AGUGAUUCGGGGCGGGAGGGGGGUUGAAGUGAGGGAAGUUUCGCCAUAUUGUUAACGGAAACGGCGGCGGCUGCCGAGAUUCACGGCUGGCGGUUUUGCUCCUGAGGGUGUGGGACGGCAAAGGGCGGCGGGGACGACGACGACGUCGGUAGUAGCAGUGGCUGCUAAGCUAAGCGAAGCUAGGCCAGGCCUCGGGACAGUCGGGCUCGCUUCAGCCCCCUGCGCCUGUUCUGGCGGGUGAGCCCCGGUUGAGCUCGAGCCGUCUGGGUGCCCAGCUCGAGCUCCCACUCGGCGCGUCCCCGCUGCCCCCAUCCCCCCUCCCCUCGACGUCCCGUCGUUCCCGGCGCGCUCGGUCCCGGCGGCGAGGCUGACGGGCGCGCGGUCGGGUCCGGCUGCGAAGAUGCCGCUCGCUCAGCUGGUGGAUCCCUGGCAGAAAAUGGCUGUGGAGAAUGAGAAGGAGUCACCAUCGUUUCCCCUAUGUAAACCUCUCCACAGCCAGAAACCAACUGAGGGCCCAAGCAGGGGCACUGCACUACGUGACUUCACCACUCGAUGUCAGGCUAGUAUUGCCACACAACAUAACAGUUCUCUACUGUAUGAGCAGGAUGGUCAACAAAUGGCAGAUGAGCCCAUGUCUGAAGAUGAGGCAGUUCUUCAACCACAAGAUCAAGAAAAUGAACAGGAGAUACCAAUAACGUGCCUUGUGAAAGAAGGAUGUGAAAAGGCUGACCCCUCUCAGUUUGAAUUUCUUAAAGUUUUGGGACAAGGAUCAUUUGGAAAAGUGUUUCUGGUUAGGAAAGCCCAAGGUUCUGAUGCUGGACAAUUAUAUGCUAUGAAGGUGCUUAAAAAGGCUACAUUAAAAGUAAGAGACAGAGUUCGGACUAAAAUGGAACGUGAUAUAUUAGUUGAAGUGAAUCAUCCAUUCAUCGUCAAAUUACACUAUGCUUUCCAGACUGAAGGGAAACUGUACCUUCUGUUGGACUUUCUCAGGGGAGGAGACCUGUUUACACGGCUAUCCAAAGAGGUUAUGUUCACUGAAGAGGAUGUGAAGUUUUAUCUUGCAGAGCUGGCUCUUGCUUUAGAUCACCUACAUAGUCUGGGAAUUAUCUACAGAGAUCUAAAGCCAGAAAAUAUUUUGCUGGAUGAACAGGGUCAUAUUAAACUAACAGAUUUUGGGUUGAGCAAAGAGUCUAUUGAUCACGAGAAGAAAGCCUAUUCGUUCUGUGGUACUGUGGAGUACAUGGCACCUGAGGUAGUUAACAGAAGAGGCCACACUCAGAGUGCUGACUGGUGGUCUUUUGGUGUUCUCAUGUUUGAGAUGCUUACAGGUACCUUGCCCUUUCAAGGGAAGGAUAGAAAGGAAACUAUGACGAUGAUCCUGAAAGCAAAAUUGGGAAUGCCACAGUUUUUAAGUCCUGACUCCCAAAGUCUCUUGCGCAUGCUUUUCAAACGCAACCCUGGAAACAGGCUAGGAGCUGGUCCAGAUGGUGUUGAAGAAAUUAAAAGACAUUCUUUUUUUUCUACCAUUGAUUGGAAUAAAUUGUGCAGAAGAGAGAUUAUGCCACCUUUCAAACCUGCAAUUGGUAGACCAGAGGAUACUUUCUAUUUUGAUCCAGAGUUUACAGCAAAAACACCAAAAGAUUCCCCUGGUGUUCCACCCAGUGCCAAUGCUCAUCAGCUCUUCCGUGGAUUCAGCUUUGUGGCUGUUGCCUCUGAGGAAGAGCCCCAGCCGAUGCAGACAGCUCCACAUCCAAUUGUACAAUUGCACAGAACCAGUAUUCAGUUUGUAGACAAUUAUGACCUGAAAGAAGACAUUGGUGUGGGUUCUUACUCAAUCUGCAAACGAUGUGUAAAUAAAUCUACAAACAUGGAUUAUGCUGUCAAGAUAAUUGAUAAAAGCAAGAGAGACCCUUCCGAGGAGAUUGACAUUCUACUUCGGUAUGGGCAGCAUCCCAAUAUUAUUACCUUGAAAGAUGUGUAUCAUGACGGUAAAUAUGUGUAUCUAGUCACAGAACUCAUGAAGGGGGGAGAAUUGCUGGACAAAAUUCUGAGGCAAAAAUUUUUCUCUGAACGGGAAGCCAGUGCUGUACUGUACACCAUAACAAACACUAUGGACUAUCUGCAUGCACAAGGGGUAGUGCACAGAGACUUGAAACCGAGUAACAUCCUCUAUGUUGAUGAGUCAGGCAAUCCAGAAUCGAUUCGUAUUUGUGACUUUGGAUUUGCCAAACAGCUGCGAGCUGAUAAUGGCCUUCUCAUGACUCCAUGUUACACAGCUAAUUUUGUUGCUCCUGAGGUCUUAAAGCGACAAGGAUAUGAUGCAGCUUGUGAUAUCUGGAGUCUUGGAGUUCUCCUUUAUACAAUGCUUACAGGUUACACACCCUUUGCUAAUGGGCCUGAUGACACUCCUGAAGAAAUAUUGGCGAGAAUAGGCAGUGGAAAGUUCAGCCUGACUGGAGGUUAUUGGGAUACAGUUUCUGACGUUGCUAAGGAUCUUGUAUCAAAGAUGCUUCAUGUAGAUCCACAACAAAGAUUAUCAACUACCCAGGUCCUCCGACAUCCUUGGAUUGUUCAUCGGGAUAAAUUGCCGCAAUUUCACUUAAACCGUCAGGAUGCGCCUCAUCUGGUGAAGGGGGCUAUGGCUGCUACAUACUCCGCGCUGAACCGCACACCGUUACAGCCUGUUCUCGAACCAGUUGGCUGCUCAAAUCUGGCCCGGAGAAGGGGUGUUAAGAAACUUACCUCAACUGCUCUUUAAAGUGACCUCUGCUGAAACUGGAUUCACAGCAGCCUUAGACAUUUACGUGUCUCAACAGAGAGCAUCCCAUCACGUUACCUUUAUAUGCUGCUUUUUGUCUUCUCUUCCUGCUUUCAACAGUUGGAUACCAGGAUAUUGGGGGUGUUAAUCAUGGCUGGAAUGUGAAGCAGAAUUCCUGGGAACAAAGGUUAAAUGGGUGAAAGCAAAGAAACUUGGCAUUUCAAUGAACACUGUAUUACUUUUAUUUGUAAAUUAGCAUUAGAAAAAGCACUCUCAGUGAAUUUCUACUGGGAAUGUGUAAGUCCUUCUGGAUUGUUUUUGUUGUAAUGUGGGAUUUUUUCUAAAAUUUAGCACUUGGGCUAAUGUGUAUUCUUUCCGUGUCAUCACUGUAAAUCUUGUGCCAUUUUUGAAUGCCAUGACCUUUACAUAGACGGUGGUUCUUAAUGUUUUUUUUCCCUCCCAAUGUAGUCCUCCAUCAGCCUGUCUCUCAUCAAUGGCUGUUUUCACAUUUCUGAUCAGUGCUCCAUGAUUGAAAGUUCUGUUGAUAUUUGUUAGCAGCUAAGGGAUACCUUAUUUCCUUGCCUGCAUCUUGAAUCAAUUGUUAAAUAACUGUAAAAUCUACUGUAAUCUAUGGAUCUUUGAGAAGACAGCCUGCCUACUACUAUAGCAUGUAUCUGAGAGUCUUUUAUGUGAAACAGAAUGUUUAUAAUCUUACAUUACAUAUAACUUAGUAUGAUACGGUGAGGGUGAUGGUUCUGAACAAAGCAUUGAAUUUCUGAAAUGGAUUCACCUUGGCAUUUUGAGACCAUAAGACAGUGAUCAGUCUCCGUGAUCACUAUUGACACUAUCAUUGUCUAUGAUUCUAAACCGAAACCAAUUGAAAAUCAUUCGCUGUGUAUCCAUUAUGUCUUCAGCCUUAAGAUUCUUAAAAAUAGUUUCACGAUAUUGCAGCCUUUAAGAUUCCUUACCAUUGGGAUGGGAUUGCAAUUAUUCAAAUAAAACAUUAAAUGUUACCAUUCAGUAUCAUAGCUUGAAGGGAAAAGGUGUAAAGAUGAGGGAUGUAAUUAUUUUGAAAUCGAAAAAUCUACUUGGUUAAUUUUUAAAUGAAGCCGUAUCAAAGAUGUAAUAUUUUUCUAUACUUCUAUAAAUCAAACUUUAUAUCCGACUCCACCACAUAGCAUGGCACUGAAGUGGAUGUAUAAGGAAUUUUUAUACUGUCUUUACCAAAGUGUAAAUUUGGUAGCAGUCUGAAGUCCAGCUGACACUUGCUGGGUGAUGCUACCAGUUAACUGGAUUGAUUAGAAUAGUCAAUGCUUAAAGAGAUUGACUUAAUUGUGCCUCAUUCUGAUACAGAAUCAGUGUUUUCAUGUGAAAAUCAAUGUUACCCUGGCCUAUUCCCAGGUGCAACUAGGCGUGGAAUCAAAUCUAUUAGUACUUAUGUUGCUCCUUUUUAUGGGCUGACAAUUUUUGUAAUCAUGAGGAAAAGCUGAAAAUUUAUACAAAUAAAAUAUCAAAUUUAA